AUGAAAUUUGAUAAAGAACCAAAGAUAAUAAAUAGUAAUAAUGAAAAAGAAGAUAGAUUAAAAUAUGAUGCAACGGUAUCAACAUUAAAGAUGUGGUUUGAAUCAUCAGAACAAUUUGAAAAGAUUAUUAUGAAAUCUGUUCAAUUAGUUACUGUUGAUUUUACUAAAAAAACGAUAACAUGUUCAAUGGUAGUAGAACAAGAACUUUCAAAUAUAAUGAGUAGUUUACAUGGUGGUGUAAUUGCAACACUUGUAGAUAUUAUUAGUUCAAUGGCAAUUAUGAUGUUUAGUGGUAAAGGGACACCAAGUGUAAGUGUUGAUUUGGUGAUCAAUUAUGCCAAUGCAGCAACGGUUGGUCAAACUCUUUACAUUGAAUCUUGUGCAUACAAGAUUGGUCGUAAUUUAGCAUUCACAGAUACCAUCAUCAAAGGUGACAAAGGUAUCAUUGCAAAAGGUUCACAUAAUAAAUUUAUUUUAGAGCCAAAGAUCUAA